UCCACGUGGAAAAAAAUACGUUAGCUGGGAUUUUCUACAAGGAAUCUGCAGGACAACAUGAGUGGAGAGAAGGAAACAUUGCUGGAAGAAAUCGAACAGAGUUUACACCCUCUAACGGAGGAUAAUUUACGACACCUGUGUGAACGUUGUGGAAUAGAUGGCUCUCAAGUUAAAGGAAAGAAGCGUCGCUCGUUGCGACGUAAAAUCAUGGAGGAAAUGUGGGAAAAUGCAGAUUCAGUCAAAUCGGAGGAGCAGGGAAUAUCUUGGUUACUCCGACUGAAAGAUGACAUCAGAAAGAUACAUGAAAAAUCUACUGUGGCACCCAUGAGUCCCAGCCAGUCUGAUGAUGAUGCUACAACCUGCAGUGAGGAAUGGGACAAGGAUUGGUUUCCUAGCAACGGGCUGGAGGCGGAGUCAUCUCCAGAGAGGCAUACCCCAGAGAGUUCCAGCCAGUCUGAUGAUGAGGACGAUGCUAUAACCUGCAGUGAGGAAUGGGACAAGGAUUGGUUUCCUAGCAACGGGCUGGAGGCGGAGUCAUCUCCAGAGAGGCAUACCCCAGAGAGUCCCAGCCAGUCUGAUGAUGACGAAACGGGGGACAACCCUAACGGUCGCUCGCUCAGUGGGAGAGUCUUAUCAUCUGGGAAGGCUCCAGGGUUGAAAGUGAUCCAGCGACCUUAUAGCUGUGAUGUAUGUGAGAAGAGUUUCCCUCAUUUAGGAGAUCUAAAGAGACACCAGAAAAUACACACAGGAGAGAAACCAUAUGGCUGUGAUCAAUGUGGGAAGAGUUUUGCUCGAACUGAUUACCUGGCUGAACACAAGUUAACACACACUGGAGAGAAGCCUCAUAGUUGUGAUCAAUGUGGAAAGGGCUUCACUCGGCCUAACUGCUUGGCUGCACACAAGCUAACGCACACAGGAGAGAAGUCCUACCUCUGCUCAGACUGUGGGAAGAGCUUCUAUACACCAGCAAAGUUGAAAGAGCACGAGCAAUCACACACAGGAGAGAACCCUUACAGGUGUGGUCUGUGUGAGAAGAUCUUUGCUUGUUCAGGUUCCCUGACAAAACACAAGCGUAUUCACACAGGAGAGAAACGUUACAGCUGUGAUCAAUGUGGGGAGAGCUGCAGAGAUGCCACGGCCCUGAAUGAACACAUGCGUACACACACAGGAGAGAAACCUUUUCGCUGCCAUGUCUGUGGAAUGAGUUUUUCUCGACGAAACACCCUGAAAGGACACAUGCGCAGACACACCGGUGAGAAGCCUUACAGCUGUGACUAGUGUGGGAAGAGAUUCGCUCAUCCAGGAGAUUUGAAAAUACACAUCAGAGUACACACCGGAGAGAAACCGUACAGCUGUGACCAGUGUGGAAAGCGAUUCACUCAGUCAACAAACCUGACUAAGCACAGACGUGUUCACUCUGGAGAGAAACCCUAAAGCUGUGCUCUAUAUUGUAUGAACUUCACUCAGUCAACAAACCUGACUAAGCACAGACGUGUUCACUCUGGAGAGAAACCCCAAAGCUGUGCUCUAUAUUGUAUGAACUUCACUCAGUCAACAAACCUGACUAAGCACAGACGUGUUCACUCUGGAGAGAAGCCCUAAAGCUGUGCUCUAUAUUGUAUGAACUUCACUCAGUCAACAAACCUGACUAAGCACAGACGUGUUCACUCUGGAGAGAAACCCCAAAGCUGUGCUCUAUAUUGUAUGAACUUCACUCAGUCAACAAACCUGACUAAGCACAGACGUGUUCACUCUGGAGAGAAACCCCAAAGCUGUGCUCUAUAUUGUAUGAACUUCACUCAGUCAACAAACCUGACUAAGCACAGACGUGUUCACUCUGGAGAGAAACCCUAAAGCUGUGCUCUAUAUUGUAUGAACUUCACUCAGUCAACAAACCUGACUAAGCACAGACGUGUUCACUCUGAAGAGAAACCCUAAAGCUGUGCUCUAUAUUGUAUGAACUUCACUCAGUCAACAAACCUGACUAAGCACAGACGUGUUCACUCUGGAGAGAAACCCUAAAGCUGUGCUCUAUAUUGUAUGAACUUCACUCAGUCAACAAACCUGACUAAGCACAGACGUGUUCACUCUGGAGAGAAGCCCUAAAGCUGUGCUCUAUAUUGUAUGAACUUCACUCAGUCAACAAACCUGACUAAGCACAGACGUGUUCACUCUGGAGAGAAACCCCAAAGCUGUGCUCUAUAUUGUAUGAACUUCACUCAGUCAACAAACCUGACUAAGCACAGACGUGUUCA